GAAAAAAAACUUCAGUAAUUAGGAGGAGUGUCCACAUACUUUUGACCAAACUGUGUUUAUUAUUUAUAAGGUGAUGUCUCCAUCUACUGGUUAUGACUUUAAUAUGUAACUUAUACUCUCCAGUCCAAUAUACAGUAGUUCUCCCAAAAACCAUGCUAAUAUGCUGCACCCAUCGUUGUGACUGAUCACGUGACUCGGGGCUUAUUAUUGAUGUGACGCAAUCGCGGCUGUGUUAGAACUCUGAUGACGUCACAGAGAGCUGCACUGCAUGACCUGAGCGCGAGGUGAAUCAGAGCUUCAUUUCUUCUUACUGUGGAGUAACACAAAGCAGAGAGAUAUGCCUCGAGUGAACAAAGUGGACGUUGUCCAGUCAAAGGUUCCUGAUCUCCAGGAGCCUUCACUACAAUACUUCAGGGGAGAAUUAGGAGAAAGUCUGUUUGUGAAAUCGGCAGAAUUCGACUCGUCGGACAAAGACAUGGAAAUAACGUGUGGAUCCUACAACUGCCUCCACGAUCCACACUUAAAGAACUUCUUUAGCCAGCCACAAAGGAAAAAGCAUCUGCUCAAACAGGGUCUCAUCAUUCAGGACGAUCAGGUGCUGUGCUCGGUGAAAGAUCUAGUUCAGUACAUGCGGUACAUAAGAAGAGUGCUGAUGAGCUGGAACAAACUUCACCAACAAGAGCAGAAGCAGCUACUGAAGAAGUUCAUGGUGCUGAAACUCAAUGGUGGAGUUCCUGAGAACAUCAGUGCUGCUCACAUGAAAGAGUGGCUCAUCUAUAGAGAGAGAAGCACCUUCAGGAACAUGAGUCUUUAUGGCUUCUCAGUUUCACCUCCAUCAUGUAUUAAAUCUCUCACUCAUUUAUUCAUAUUGACAUUUUUAAUGAUGUUUGUUUUUCUAUUUAAAGCUUCAAGAAAAACGUAAAACAAGGCAGCAAUUCAAGCUAUGCUGAAAAGGCCUGGGAGGUAAAUCAAAGGAUCGAGCUGGAGGAAAUGGAGAAAGAAAUUCUCAGAGAGCUCCGUGUAGAACGUCGAAUCCCACAAACACCAGUGGACGUUCCUUUUAAACUGGAACAUUUAAGAAAAAUAUUUGUACUGCCCUGUUCGUCUGGCUCGACCAUUUCACCUGCUGAUGACCAGGCCGAGGGAACCCUGCUGGCUCAGGACUCAACACUAGAGAAUUCACCCACUGAGAACUCAAUCCAGAAAUUUAGUCAAUCAGCUGAUGGAGCUGCUGCAAGUACGUUGAUGAAGGUGGAGGAUCUGAAGCAGUUUGUUAGUGGGAUCAAAACCACUACAGUGAUGGAAGUACAAGAAAAUCAGCUUCCUGCUCUGGUGGAAUUUGUUCAUCCUACACAGUCCACCAGAGUGCAUCUUCCAGACUUGGGCUUGAGUCAGAAUCUUACAAAAUCACCAAGCUCAGGGAUUAAAUCGGACAGUUCUGGGGGUUUUGAGAGCUCUGUAGUAAUGAGCUCCUCUGAUGACUCAGUAAAUGCACCUCCCUUACUCUCGACGGCUGAGAAGUUGGUGCUGGAGGUGCUGUACUGUUCUGCAUCUCUGAUCAAAUGCCAGCAGCAAGAGAGCAAUGACAAGGCUGAUGAUUUUGAGAACCUGGACUUGGAUGUUCAACUUCCAAGUCCGUCACUGUCUCCUGUCUCCUCUCUUGAAGUUAUCAGAGAGAGGAAUGUUAUUACACCAGUGGAAGAACCAGAAACUAGUUUUCAGUUCUCCAACACAGAGGAACCCGAGGUCACCUUUCUGGGAUUUAGACCUCAGAGAACGUGCCAGUCUCGGACCAGCCCAACUAGCCAACAUGUACAGAUAGAAAACAUGAGUGAAGAUAUUGUCGGACAGACCUUAGACAUGGUGAUAUCAGUUCUUGCAAGUGAAGGACUUUUGUCACUACAGGAAACAUCAGAUAUGUCUUAUGUAUGUUCACCAGUGAAUUCUAUAGAAUCAGACAUGUUGGCAAGUUGUGGCACCACAGAUGAAAGCCAGAGUCCGACCCAGUGCUUAUGCUCAGAUUCUGGUUCCCAGCUGAGCUUACAAUCAAAAAAGGUCAUAAGUGAAACUCUGGUGGGAAUUCAAAGGAAAUUAUCAGACCAGUCUUUAACUGAAAUCAUCUCACCAGAUAACAGUGAUGCCAUCAGUGACCUCAUCAGUGGCAUCCUAAGGCAGAUCCAGGAAUCACCCAGCCUGGAUGCCAAUGAGCUAAUCUCCUCCAGCUCUUCAGAAAGCAGCUUCAUUUCACUCUCACAUGAUUGUAAAGCUCAGUCUGGUUCUGAGAUCAUGGGGGAUAAAUUAGUAAUGAAGAACAUCCAGCCACACAUUGGUACCAUCAGCAAGGCUCAAAGGAAACCUUCAGAUGUGAAUGGAGAUGUUAUCAACUCUCUGGUUCUAGAGGUUUUGGGAUCUGCUCUGUUUGAAAACCCUUCAGAGAAAACGUCACACCUUGAUGCUCUGAACAGAGACCAGACUGUCAGAUUGGUAAAAUCUUCAGAUAAUACUGCAGGACCAGAGAGACCCUGCCAUCAGAGGCCAAAGUCCUGCCCAUUAUUAAAGAAGGACAGUACUUGUAAUGCUGCAGGGGCUUCUGCCAGCCAAACACCUGAAAACCCAACUGGCAAGAAACAAAAGAAGAAGAAAAGUGUUCGUUCUUUAUUCAUGAUGGCCUGGAAAGUGGUGAAACGGACCUUCACCAGAAGAUCCAACAAGAUAUCUCCAAUCUAAUCGUCCACCAUUUAUUUUACCACCAGCCAAAACUGAGCAGAAUUAUACCCUUCUUAGCUAGAUCAUUAUCAGGGACAUGUCUUGGGUCCUCGCUUAGAGAGACCUGAAGAACCACGUUCCACCAUGAAGACUUCAUUGUUGUUAGACUUUUGUCAGCAGGAGGUCACCUUCCUUCUUUAGUAACCAACUUUUAUCUGGCACUACUGUGAUCUGUGCCAUGUUGGUCACUUUUGAUUAUCAUGAAUGGUCAGUCUUGUUCCUUUCUCCACUUUUGUUCUCAGUCAUGAGCUCCAUUAUCGAGAGCUCUGCUCUGAGUUUUCUUUGGUAACAUUUGGUUGAGGUACUUCUGCUGUCCCACAGUCUUACUUGGUACCACCUUGGCUUGGCAGCAUCUGUGGUUCCUGGUCUUUCUGAGUACUUUCGAUUGCUGAACGGUUAUUUUACUCAACAUGUACCUGUUCAGCAUUGCUCACAUUCUCACCUGUGGAACUGUAGUUCUGAAAGAUUCAUUUACCUUCACAAGGAGCAGAAAAUCCCUCAAACAUCCCAGGAUUACAGGAUUUCAUGGUGACUAUUCUGGUGAAGAGAGUUUCCUCUGAAGAACAGGAAGAAGACAUCACACCUGCCUCUCUGAAAAACCUCACCAAGUUAUGUCCAGAGUGAUGAUCUAGCUAGGAGUGUUAAUAUGCUCAUAUCUACAAGCCACAUGACCAAGCACACAUCUGUACCAGCUGUGUUUCUUCUUCAAUAUAAAAACAACACAGGACUCGGAGUGCCAGCCAGAGGAGGAUGGACGCUGCUAGCCACUACAAACUUCGUCUUCUCACUGGGAUUUUCAAGAACUAAUCAGCUGCUUUGUUCUCUGUACAUUUUAUCAAAUAAAGCUUCAAAAAUUGAUGCAAAAAUUGUGUUCGUCUCACACACACCAGCUUUUUCUCAUCAGAGGAUAAUCACUUUGGGAAUCACUUUGACCAAACUUGAACCAGUUAGGAUCCUGGUACUCCUUUAUGUAAAACAAAGAGUCUGUGUGUCUACAGGUUUUUAUAGCAUCCAAGACCAGCCAUGAACUAUACCUGAUAUAACCGAUUAUUUGAAGAUCAAAACUAACUGAUAACACAUGGGUAAAAUCAGCUGAAAUGUGUGUCUGCUCAGUAUGUAAACCUGCAGCCACCUCGACCCUAAGUGGACAAGACUGAUUCUUAAGAAUUAAAGAUGUGAUUGCAGGGUUUUCUUCUCUCAGCACACCUGAUUCAUCUU